GUUACUGACAUUACAGUCGUUGUCUUUUUCCCGUUUCAUUUUUUUUCUACAUGAAUGACCUCUGAUACCUCCUUUCUCAAUAUUUACUUGAAUCUUCGCCUUUUUUUAUGUUGAUCUGCGUCGUGCAGUCGAGUCGCGGAUGUCGGCAUUGGUGACAGUUUUUUCUAUGUGAUGCUCUUUGAGCAGGAUUGGCUUCGUGUCGGUGUCAGUUUAUAUAUCCGUCCGUGUAGCACUCAAUAAUAGAAAUUAUGCGCCGAUAGCUGUAUAUACUUUCACCCAUCGUCUUAGGUAGCUUUCUCCUGUCGUUUCAUUCCGUCACAUAGUCAGUCGGCAAUUUAAACCACUUUCGCGAGAGUACCCCAAGAAGCAUGGGGUGCGCGGUCUGUAAAGCUCGAGGGACCGUUCUAGCGUCUCCUAGAAUCUUGGAACAAGACCCUAAAAACGAUGGGGCCUCGCGUAGUAGCACUUGUGUCGCGACACGGCGGACAGGCAACGGCUUGGUAGAAAGCCCAAUUUGUUUGACAGAUGGACUGGACGACAGUCGUGUGGCCGCCCCUUUAACUGAUCACGACGACAAACAGAUAAGCUGCAUAAAACCUGAAAAGUUCCUGAUAUCAAGUCCAGCUCCUCUGCCAACAGAGACUUCACACGCCAUACGCGACAACGGGAGCAGUGAAAGGGGUUCGUGUCCUUCUGAAUUAGACCAAGUAUCUGCACAUGUAUCUGCUUCCGAGCCGGGGGGGACGAGUCUGUCAUACCAGAAAGAAGCGAAUUCGACUGAAAGAGGCGAGAUUGUUGUGGCAGAUGGAGCAUCUACUGGACCCCAGAAAAGGAAAGCCGUCCCAGUCCGCGACGCUCCGGCUCAACACUCUGCAAACCCCACCAACGGAAAACUCACCUGCUGCAAUCGUACAGACGAGCCACCAAACUGCAAGGAACUCGUUAACAGCACGCGAACCGUCACGUUCCAGGGAGCUGCGGUGACUCAGAUGGAGCUUCGUUCGAGGUUCAGUACACAACGAACCAAAGAAGUCUCUUGCCCUUCGAAUAUUGACACGUGGACGAAAAUGGCUUUCGAUGCCUAUGCCCAGAGUGACGUUGACUUCUCAGAUGAACUUCUCGGGAAGGUACAGACGUUGUAUUCUCAACUCAUGGCUACAGGUGCCGAACAACGACCCAGGCCUGGAUAUGCCGAUUUUUCAAGGACCACAGCAGUAUCAGAUUGUCCAUGCACAACCACUGGACGCCAAAUUGAGGACCUAAGCAUGAAACUUCAGAGCUUCCAGCAGAAGACGGGGCGUCAACAGGCCCUCGAAGCGGUGAAUCUUCCCCCCGAACACGCUAGUAGUGUCUCUGCACUGCUACCGUUGACAGGUUAGAACAGCUGCAUUGAUAGUCGAUUUUCGGAGACGAACACUGAAGAUGAUUGGUUGGCGAAGACAUCUGCUAGGGAGCACCAGUCAUCACAGACCAAAGAAGAAUCGACUUCUCUCGAGCUGUGACUGGCCACAGAGCUCACAACUCCUUCACUAAAAGAAACGAUUGCGAGGAAAAACGCGUGGGUACCCGCAUCUCCGCGUUUCGCACGCUGAGGCAUUCAGUGACUCCAGAGCAGAGUUUUUUUCCCUCUUUCGUACUCGUAUCUGUUCCCUCCUCUAGAGAAGAACGUUUUCGAACUCUCCUUUUCUGGUAUGUAGCACCGCGGGAGGAGCUGGACUCUUGAUGCUGAAGUUAUUAACUACCAGGAUACUGUAGCAGAUUCUGAACGAUGAAGUUCAUUGACGAAAAAGCACUAUUUUGCCCCCUGCCUGGGUAGUCACGGUCAUCGCCCAGAAAACAAGUGCAUGCGGGCGUCAAGGCAUCCCUUUCGUUUCACACAUGCAGUGAGGAAAGGCUUCGCACUGUCCACCAUCCCUCUAAUUUUUUUUUGGAUGGCAUUCACCGCAUUUAAUGUGUCCGUCGAGCACUUUCCACCUGUUUUCUCUGCUGCCGCGGGCCUCUCACGAGGAUGUCGAUCCACCACAAGGGCACGUCACCUUUUGUGUGACUACAGUUAAUCUCGCUUUCCGCAGGUUAUCUGGCAGUGUAUUUAGCUGUAUAUCGCCGUCAUUUCACUUCAUCCCCUGGCAACUGGGCGACUCUUUCGUCUGGCUGUCUCCAAGAAAGCGGUAGUAAAAACAUGGAGGUAUGUGUACCAAGCAGGGUAAAGACUCGUUAGAAUAUUGUGCAUUACGGAAGAAUAUAAUGGUUCACAACGUUCCAAUUUCCUGUCUUGCCACUAUACCGGUCACUCUGUGUCCGCUCCUAUUCCAGUGCCCGAAAAGAUGAAUCCUGUGACAUGAAUCCCGAAGACAGCUUGUCUCGGAACAGUGCCAUAUUUGCACCACAGCUUACAGUCCUGAUGCUUUCCCUACAUUGAGGAUCUAAACGAUGCUCAACGAUUCACAGUCCGAGUGUGUGUUGUGUAACAGGGGUCGCUGUUUUCGAGCAGCCCUAACUUCAACAAAGUAAGAGACUGCGUGCUGCCCUCGGCCACCACCCAAAGCUGUCCCCCCAAUUACAACAUACUCACACACUGUCAACAUAACAUUUCAAGAUUACAGAAGACCAUCAACCAGCCGCCCUCCAAUUUAAGUACGACUGGACCUAGACGGCAGUGGCAUCCGAGAGAAACACAGAAUAUGUCGCGAAGGCAGAUGCGGUGAACUACUCCCCGC